AUGUUUUGCUGCCACCACGGUGGCGCGACACCCAACGGCUCCUUCCAUAUCCCGUCCCAACACCUCCCGCAGGUGGACACAUUCCAGGUGCCGAACAAUCUCCAAGUGCGGAACGCCUCGGUAGCGUCCCCUUCUUCCCCUGACGAUGCUAGAGGAGGCGACGGCAGCACCGCAACCACCGACCGGCAAGCCCACGUUCUCAGAGUAUCCUGGGGCGAUAUUCCGGCGGGACCCCAAGACACCCGCGACGGCAAAGAGGGGCCGAACACCAACACCAGCACCAUCCCCAUCGACUGGCUCCGGCGGCACUGCACCUCGGCGACGGCGCGAGACCUGCGCCGGCGCCACGGGGGGCCCGCAGAUGGCCCUGGUCUCCACCCCCGCCCGGUCCUGUGGGGCGCGGACGUCUUCUCAGCAGGCACACCGCAACAACAACAGCCCCCCGCAUGCAUGAGCUACGAGGAUGUCAUGGCGGACGGUGCCCUAGACGAACCGGAGGAGGAGGCGGCGGCGGCAGCGGCGGCGGCGGGCUCGUCCCCACCACCCGCUCCUGGAGCGAGCCCUCGCCUGGUGGACCUCAUCCGGUCGCACGGAGUAGCCCUCGUCCGCGGCGUCCCCACCGACGAGAAGGGCACCGAGGCCCUCGCGCUAAGGGUCGGGGGCCACCUGCGCAGCACGCUGUACGGCCCCGGCAUGUGGGCCACAUCCGCGGAGGCCUCCGCGGGGGAGGAAGGCUUCCGGGACAGCGCUUACUCCAACGACGGCCUGGCUCUGCACACGGACUGCGGGUACCUCGCGGACCCGCCGGGAAUCCAGGUGUUCAACUGCGUGGUUCGAGCGCGAGAGGGCGGGGCGAGCAUCUACGUCGACGGUUUCGCGGUGGCGGAACGGCUCCGUGCCACAAGCCCGGAGGCCUUCGAGUUUUUCUCCAGGACCUCCAUCUCCUACCAGUGCUUCGACGAGGGGUGCCACUACAUGGCGGAAGGCCCGGUGUUCCGGCUGGGGGCUCUCGGCGAGGUGGUUCAGGUGAGGUACAACGACUACGAUCGAGCACCGCUGGACUACCUGUCGAACGAAGACAUCGACCGCUUCUACGAGUACCACGCGUCCUUGUCCAAAAUCAUACGGGACCCGUCGUUGGUGGCACGCAUCGUUCUCGAGCCCGGAGAGUGCGUGAUUCUGAACAACCACCGAGCGUUGCACGGCCGGGAGUCUUUCAAGGGACGAAGACGUAUGGUGGGGUGCUACUUGGGCAUGGAUGAGUUGGAGUCGUCGGCCCGGGUCCAAAGAAUGUAACGACCGUGAUGCGUUGGGCGGCAAACAGUUGCAGUCUGGUUCUGGUGUUGAUGGCGUUGUCGUGAUCGCUGUCGACGCCGCCGCCGCGGUGUAUGUUGUGCUCUGACGGUGGUAGUGGGGGGGGGGGGGGUUGUUUCUCACGCCCAUGGCUGGGACGAGAGCUAUGCCUGUAGGCUCACGAAGAGGGGGAACAAAAAUACGCGAGAAGGUUGGCUUGGUUCGAUGCGCGUACACACUAGGAAUCACACACGUGUUGUGUUGUGUUCGUUCAGUUCAGGCGGGGGGUGUGGAGGGGAUCCUGUGGAAGUGCUGGCGGUGGCUGCACCGAAAAGAAUGGCGUUGAUUUUUAUGUACGGAAGGCAGCAAGGUCUUGUUGUAGAUUGCAGAGCGCAGGCUGGGGCUGUGAGGGUCAGCAUGACGUUUUAUAUAUUUUCGUUCGUAGUGUGCGCGCCGUGUCGACGGCGGGGGGGGCUAAGGCUUGUGGACGAGGGGGUGACGCGGAUUUUUAUCGACAAAACCAUAUAUUCUUUGUGAUUGGGCGCAUACAUAUAAUACAUAUGUUUCUAUACGGAGGUUGUUUGUCCGUGUGGAGGUGGAGCAUGCAGGGUCACCUGUGCGGGGUGUAGCACGGGCAGGACUGACUGGCUGGUGUCGGGUAUCUCAAUUGUCGUAAUCUUACAGUAGCCGCCCACACGUGCAUUUUUUAGGUAAAUGUUUAGUCUAUGUGUGGAAUGGCAUGGCAUGGCAUGGCAUGGCAGGUGUAACCCCCGACGGUGAACGCACCCGGCCCAGAAGGGGUACAAGGAUAGAGUUCAUGAGACCGUUCUCGAUUGUUUCGUGAUUGACCGGUGGCCUUUGAUUUUUCUUUGUAGUUUUGUUUGGCAUCGCGUCCCGAGCGGGAGCGAUCGAUGAUGUCUCUGUAUUUUUUUGCGUCUGUCUCCUGUCGCCCGAAAAUAAUUCAUGGCGACGUCUGACUGCUGCGAACAGUUCUAGUGAGGCUGGGACCUUUCCGCAUCUAUCAUUCCUUUGUGGUUUGUUUCGCGCUCUACGUGUGUUGUUGAGUUCGUGAUGAGUUUUCGGGGGCCUGCCCGCUCUUGUUAGCUUUCCCCAGGGGUAGUUUUGAAAUGCGCACCCUUUCCUGGGUAGUUAACCUUUAACCACGGAAUGGGGUCCGUCCUCGUCAGUUGGACCGCCGGUAUUCCGUGUAUGUUUGAAGGUACUGAGUAGAAACCGGAACGGUCUGGUCUACAAUGUGAAGAUAACAACAACAGCGGCUGCCUCCAACAGCAGCAACAGCGACCGACACUCGAGGAAGAGUGCUUGGUGGUCGCGGAUGACUGCUAAUACUAGGGCGGCGGUCGUAUCACUGCCACGGGAGGGUGCAGUGAAGACUUUGCUUCUUCAACAGUAGCAGCAUGUGUCUUACCAAGCGUUCGGUCGACAUGGACACAUGGGUGUCGUUGGGACGUUCAUUCAUGCUUCACGGUGUC